GCCCCGCCCCGGGCGGCACGUGACCGCAGGUGGCGGCGGCGGGGUGGGCGGGGCGGCACUUAGUCACCGGCCAGCAGCCGCCUGUGCUCCCUGCUCCGCCCGCGCGGCUUCCUCGCCGGCUCUGCGCUGCGCCUCGCCCGCGCCCACCCGGCUCCAUAUGGGCAGAGGAGUGGAGGCAGCCUUGAGGCCCCAGAACCACUGUGCCCUGUUGGGCUGGAAUUAGGAUCCGACCGUCCUGGUCUCGCGCCUGCCGGCAGUGGUACCCAGCCAACGGCACCAUGGCCUUCUCUCAGGUACAGUGUCUGGACGAUAACCACAUCAACUGGCGCUCCAGCGAGUCCAAGCCCGAGUUCUUCUACAGUGAGGAGCAGCGGCUGGCGCUGGAGACCCUGGUGGCCCGCGGCCCUGAGGCUUUCUAUGAGGUGCUGAAGCGGGAGAACAUCCGCGACUUCCUCUCCGAACUGGAGCUCAAGCGCAUCCUGGAGACCAUCGAGGUUUACGACCCGGGAUCCGAGGACCCACGGGGCACUGGCCGCCCCCCGGGCCCUGAGGAAGGUCCUGUUGGUGACAGUGAGGAGGCCAGCAGGGGUGGUGGGGCACCCACCGAGGCAGAUCCGCCGCCCUCACUGGAGUACUGGCCCCAGAAGUCGGACCGUUCCAUCCCACAGCUGGACCUGGGCUGGCCAGACACCAUCGCCUACCGCGGUGUGACCCGGGCUAGUGUCUACAUGCAGCCCCCCAUAGACGGACAGGCCCACAUCAAAGAGGUGGUGCGCAAGAUGAUCGGCCAGGCCCAGAAGGUAAUCGCUGUGGUCAUGGACAUGUUCACUGAUGUGGACAUCUUCAAGGACCUGCUGGAUGCCGGCUUUAAGAGGAAGGUGGCUGUGUACAUCAUCGUGGACGAGAGUAACAUCAAGUACUUCCUGCACAUGUGUGAGCGGGCCUGCAUGCACCUGGGGCACCUCAAGAACCUCAGGGUGCGGAGCAGCGGGGGAACAGAGUUCUUCACACGGUCAGCCACCAAGUUCAAGGGUGCCCUGGCCCAGAAGUUCAUGUUUGUGGAUGGAGACCGGGCCAUCUGUGGCUCCUACAGCUUCACUUGGUCGGCGGCGAGGACAGACCGGAAUGUGAUCUCUGUGCUGUCCGGCCAGGUGGUGGAGAUGUUCGACCGGCAGUUCCAAGAGUUGUACCUCAUGUCGCAUGGUGUCAGCCUCAAGGAUAUCCCCAUGGAGAAGGAGCCAGAGCCAGAGCCCAUCGUGCUGCCCUCCGUGGUCCCUCUGGUGCCCUCGGGCACCAUGGCCAAGAAACUUGUCAACCCCAAGUACGCGCUGGUCAAGGCCAAGAGCGCCGAUGAGAUCGCCAAGAGCUCCUCAGAGAAGCAGGAGGUCAAGAGCCCCCCAGGGCUGCGGGGCCCAGGGCUGGCCGAGCAGCCGGGAGACUUCCCCGAGGCACCCCCACCAGUGCACCCGGGCCUGCUCAACCUAGAGCGGGCCAACAUGUUCGAAUACCUGCCUACGUGGGUGGAGCCAGACCCGGAGCCAGGUAGCGACAUCCUGGGGUACAUCAACAUCAUUGACCCCAAAGUCUGGAACCCCCAGCCUAGCCAGAUGAACCGCAUCAAGAUCCGAGACACAUCCCAGGCUAGUGCCCAGCUGUGGAGGCAAAGCCAGGACUGCAGCCCCGCCCUGGAGCCCAGUGCCACCCAGGAUGGGGUCCCAGCCGAGAAUGGCCUCCCCCAGGGAGACCCCAAGCCACAGCUCCCCGUGCCUGAGCCCAGGACAGUCCCUGUGGCUGAGCCGCUUUCCCAGGAUGGUGGUGGUGUUGGCUGGGCCCUGGAGACCCCAGAAGAGGAGGCACCCCAGAACAGAACAGACCAUGAGCUGCCCAGGACACCAGGCCCAAGCCAUACCCCACUCCAGCGGCAGCUGUCCGUGACCCAGAAUGACCCUGACAGCCAGGGGGCAGCGGUCCCCAAUGGGCUAGAUGGGGAGGGGGAGGAAGACGACGAUGACUAUGUGACCCUCAGUGACCAGGACAGCCUCUCGGGCGGCUCCAGCCUCAGCCCUGGCCCCCGCCGGCCCUCGGUGGCCUCGUCUGUGUCAGACGAGUAUUUUGAGGUGAGGGAGCGCUCGGUCACUCUCCGGAGGCGCCACUCAGAGCGCAUGGCUAAUGGGCCCGCCCAGCCCCCACGCCGGCAGUUGAGCGCACCCCACAUGACCCAGGGGACCUUUGGUGGACCCCUGGGUGGCUCGCUGUGGGCCCAGGAUCGGGAGAGGGAAGAGGCGAGCACUCCGAGGAGGAUGCAGGCCCCACAUGCCUCGGAUAAAGAGACACAGGGCCAGCAGUUCCGUCACUAUGGAGUCCCUGCCUCGGGGACCAGGGAUAAAGAUGGCUUCCCACGACCCUUGAGGACCCUGGGACCCCCGCGGUACCGCCCUGCCGCCACCGGUGCCCAGAGCUCUGCCCAGAAAGUGGGCCCAGCUGCAACAAGCCCACACCACUGGCAGGCCAAGGGUGGCCCCCUGUCCCGCACGCUGCCGGGUCCUGGGAGCCCGAGGCCAGCCCAAAAUGCCAGGCCCCUGGCCGGGGAGUGUCCAAGUCCUUUCGGAAUCCCAUACUCCAAACUGUCCGAGUCAAAGCACCUGAAGGCCAGGACAGGUGGUAGCCAGUGGGCCUCAUCUGAUUCUAAACGGAGGGCCCAGGCCCUCCGGGACCACAAGAACCCCUAGAGCCCUGUCCCCAGGCCUGGAGCCCCGCCAUCCACAGCCUCCACCCCAGCCCAGAAUCUCAUGCAGGUGUUUGUGGUGCCCUGACAGGGGUCGGUAGAUGGGCCGCUGGACCCCCCGGGAGGCGGAAGGUGGGGCAGGCAGCAGUGCCAGCACUCACCUGGUCAGUGCACCAGUACCAGGUGGCAAUGAUGGUCAGACCGAAGGUCAUGCCGGUCCAUGGGAGGUCCCCUGUGUAGGGAUCUCGGAACAUGUGCAUGGCGUCUGUGCGUGGCAGGUGGCAGCUCGUGUUGGCGAUGGUUCUGGUUGGGAUGGCCUGGGCAUAGACUGCUGCCAGCUGCUCGUACCCACCGAUCUGGUUGAAAGCUGGAGGGGUCGGGGCAGGGCAGGGGUGGGUUGGUGGCUGGUGGCCCUGACUCCCUGCCCCCCAUGGCCCUCAUCUCCCAUGUAACUUCCUAAUGCAUCAAACUUGACUUUUUCCCACUUAACCUUUCCCAUAUCUGGAAAGGUGUGGAGGGUAGAGGGUUUUAAGAAAAAGGUAAAUUCAAAUGACUAUUUUAUUUGGAUUUAAAAUAAUACUAUUAAAUAAGCGUUUUUCACGUGA